CUACAGGGUCCAAAGAUAUAGGAUGUUCAAGAAGGAACUGCAGAUGCUGGAACAUCGAAGGUACAUAAAAAUGCUGGAGAAACUCAGCGGGUGCAGCAACAUCUAUGAUGCGAAGGAAAUAGGUAACGUCAACCCUUCUUUCUCCAGCAUUUUGUGUACCAAAGAUAUAGGAUCUUUGGCAAGGACCGUGCACUCUCGGCCGAAGUAACUGCGCAUGCUCGUCUGGGCGCCGGGAACCGACAUGCGCACUUUGGAGCUGCCAAUGCGCGUGCGCCAUCAGUUGCUGCGUCUGGUUUUUUUUUUGCCGCAGAAGCAGCGCGAGUCGAAGGAGCGAACGAAUCCAUGACCUUACCCACAGUUUAACUAUGCAGUCCUGUCAGCUCCACAGAAAGGGAAAAUACACAAAAGAUGAGAUCUGCACAGUACCCAACCCCAGCAGAAUUGGAUGCGUAUGCUAAGAAAGUUGCCAACAACCCACUGACUAUAAAAAUCUUCCCAAACAGCGUCAAAGUACCACAAAGGAAGCAUCUUCGUCGUACAGUAAAUGGUUUAGACACUUCGGGCCAGAGAUUCAGUCCUUACCCUUCGCAAGCCAGUUCUAAUCGUGGUUUACUCGCAAUAGUCAAGCUGCCUACCAAGAGGAUAGUGAAGGACUUUGACGGAACCCGGGUGAGGUUGCUGCCAGACGUCGCCAUGAACCCCCCGUCCGCACCAUACCCUGCACCUAGCACUUUAACCCACCCGCAAAACACGCUGCUGCAACCUGGUUUACAUGGAUACCGCAAGAUGCGCCCAGACGGGGAUGCCCCUCCCAACGUCACGGUGUCUACCUCAACCAUUCCACUCUCCAUGGUUGCCAACCUGCAGCAGAACAGGCCCUCUGACCUGAACAGCAUUGUGCACCAGAUCUACCAGAUGUGCCAGACCAGUGCCGGACUCACCACUACCUCAGUCUGUGAGGGACAGAUCGCCAACCCCAGCCCCAUCAGCCGCAACGUGCUGAUCCACGCCAGCUCCCGGGUGUCGGGCCACGCUGCACCGUCCCACCUGCCCCCCUGCAUCGUCAACCCCGGGGACCCGACCGUUGCCAUGACAUCCCUUGCCCCGGGGAGCGUCGCUAUGGGCAAUGUGAACAGGAUGCCAAUGGUUUACCAGAGUGACAUAGAUUCUACCACGUGGCAUCAGCACCAGCUGGCACAGCUGCAGCACAUGAGCAGAGACACUGCAGGUCACCAGGGUAAGCUCCAGAGGGAGGUCACUGGAGCCGGAUUCCCCGGCAAGACACUGAGCUACCCUGCGGAGCUGUGCCUCGGCCAGCCUUACAACCUGAAGGUCCCCGGAGAUAAGUUGUCGCCGUCACCCCCAGUCAACGGGAUGCAGGGGGCUCUGUCCUACUCCAACGGGCAGUAUUUCCAGCCAAUAUGGAACAACAUCCUUCCGACUCCCAACAGCGACAGCUCGGGGUCCCAGGACCUGGGAAUGGUGUUUCACGGAGGAGCUUCGGGGCCAGUAGACUGCGUGGCUGGGACUCACUUCCGAACCGGAGCUGGUUCCUCCGGCCAGACGAAUGUCCUGCAGACGGUGGAGUACCUGGGCGCAGACUACCAGAACUCCUGCUUUAGAGACCAGACUAUGGGAAUGCUGGGCAAGGUCCACAGGUUGCCCAUCAGCCGAGGCCCAGAACCAAAUGUUAAUCAGAGUAGUCACAUCCACCAUCCCGUGUACAGAUGAGAUAGUGUUGAGUGGAUCAGGCUCUCAAGUAGUCUUAACAUCAAUUUUCGAUAAUGUUCUUUUGUGUUGUUGCCUUUUGAUUGCCAAACUUGUCAGUGAUUUUCAUUUCGUUUUUUUGGGGGAUUGAGGAAAGAUUGAUGCAAACAUCUUACUUUGAGGGAGGAUAUUUUACAGAAAUUAGGGUCUGUAUGUCUACCCACCACCUUGUUGCACAGAUCAGAAACCAGUUUCAGUGGCAGUAUUUGAGAGGUCAAAAUGCAAAGCGUGCACAUUCUUGCAAUCACAGCUGCACACCAACAUCUUUGAUUUAAAGUGAGUUGUGAAAAACAGAUGGCAAGCAGCCAUGAAAAUAUCUGGCAUAAUAUGUGCACCAGGCCUUCAGUCGCAUUUAGGGGGUUGGUGCCAAGGUGCCAGAAUGUCCCCAUUAACAGCUUUCACCAGAGAGAGAUGGGGGUCUGUUUGUCACCUUGUGUUGCUCCAGCAAACCCUAUCUGAAUUUUUGAGUAAAACCUUAAGUGCUGGAGUAACUCAGUGGGUCAUGCAGCAUCUGUGGAGGGAACGGAUAGGUGAUGUUUAAGGUAGGGACCCUUCUUCGGAUGGAAUUUUUGGGUGUGUUACCAAUUGGCUGUGGGUAAUCUGAGUUUGACUUCACAGUUUUGUGGUCUGACCUCAUCCCUUUCCUCUCGUGCCUCAUUCACUGCAGGCUUGCUGCAGUCUUUCUAAUCUGUGAACUACAGAGCUCUGUUUAACCCUGAUGGAUGAUUCAAUUGCAAAGCUCUCACCAUGAGGGGAAAUUGUUCAGCGUGAAAUUCAUGGGCCAAGCAGUGACAGAUUGCAAGCUCAUUUAAAUCCGUAGAGUUACAUUUAUUUUCUCGCUGUAGAUCAAAAUGUAAGCAUAGUUCCAAAGCAGGAGGAGCUGUCCCCACAGAUAACAUUGCAGUCUGGCUAUUAUGCUAAUUUAUUUUAAAGCCCUUUUGCUUUUUCCUCCUCUGGGUCUCUGUGCAUCAUGAUUGCUUUAAUGGCAAGAGCCAGAGGACAUAUAAAGGGAUUAGGCGAGAGAGUGCAUGAGUUCCUGGUGAGAGGGCAUUAUGUGGAGUCAAAGAAGCUUUGCCAGCACAGGAGGAGGCGUUCAGCACAUCUUGUCUGUGCCUGUCCCGUGGUGCAAUCCUUACCUAUUUUAUUCUCUGCUCUUUCCCUGUGGCCCAGCAUUUGAGACCUUGGAAAUGAUAUAACACAGUGAUAUAGAAUAGUUAUGCAGGUUCGUAGUGAUGCGGGGAGGUCAUAAGGUCAUAAGUGGUUGGAGCAGAAUUAGGCCAUUUUUGCUCAUCAGGUUUACUCCGCCAUUCAAACAUGGCUGAUCUGUCUCUCCCUCCAAACCGCAUUCUAUUGCCUUCUCUCCAUAACCCCUGACACCCGUACUAAUCAAGAAUCUAUCUAUCUCUGCCAUAAAAAUAUCCAUUGACUUGGCCUCCACAACCUUCAAAUAAUACCUUAGAUUCACCACCCUUGACCAUUGACCCAAUGCAAACUGCUGGUAUAACCCCUCCUUGCACCAGGUUAUUGAACGGUAACUUUUCCCACUGUUGUCACCAUUCUUUAAGCAGCUGGUGGCUGUGAGGAGGCAUCACUUGGUCUGUGUAGGAGGAAUAUGUGUUCAGAGUGAAGCUGUCCAAUUGUUAUAGUGUCUAUUGGGGACAGAUUGCAGUGCGAUGACCUAGUCCUGUGUACACCUCCAGUUCUACUCCUGUGUAGCCCAGGUUUGCUUUUAGAAGCGACCCAAUGAACCACACUAUUGUAUCAAAACUGACAUGAAGGCAGCAGACCAGCACCUUCUCGUGGGACCUGGGAAUGGGCCUGUCAGUCAUUUCCAUGUCAGGGUGAUUUUGUUUGUUAAUCCUUUUAUUUAAAUCUGAAUCAUUAUUACAGUUACGUGCAAUCACGUUUUUCUGUGGAUGAUAAAUGAGUCUCUCUUCAAUUAUGAAUCUUUCAAAUUUGACGAGGGGUUUUGGGUGCACAGAUUCCAGGUUUGAUCUGUUAAAGUGUUGGAAAUGUUCAGGUCAGACAGGAUCUUGGAGAGAAAUUUUAUAAAAGGUCAUCAACUAGGAAGGUUACUGUCGCUGCAAAUGCUGCCUGUCCUGCUGAGUAUGGGUUUUAUUUCACACAUCCAUUUUACUGAUGGGUCUAGUUUUGAUCUUGGUUGUAUCAGAUGCCACAGUUCAUUUUGCAAUAGUUGUUCUCAGCCAGUAUUCCUCUUCUAGUUGCUCAUCAGAGACACCUGCUGGUGAGAACUGGGGCUUUGACUGUUUUAUACUUAACUUUGAUGCCUGAGACACUUGCUGUGUAGACCAGGAGGAGCAGAGCAACCACUGUAUAUUAGAAUGAUAUCGGCCAGCUCCAGUGCCUUCAAAUACCAACUUACAUUUAUUUCAGCAAAGGGAGAAAUUUGAGGCGAGCAUUUAAAAAAUGUUUCACUACAAAAUGUGGUAUUAACUGCAGAAAGUGAAAAUACAAAUUUUCUACCAACCUCUAUUCUUUCCUGAAAUUAAAUGUGUCAAACGAGAUUAUCUUCUAUGGCUUUGCUGAAUACCAGUGCACAGGGGAGCUCCUAUAAAUCCAAUGCCUUUACAAUACUCCCCUUUGCCUACUGAUCAAAUUCUAAUCGUGUUUGCUUGUCCUUAAUAUAAAGGUAAGACUUUUGUUAAAUGUUGGAUUUAAUCACCGUCAAGUUUGGCAGCAAGAGCAGUAAAUAUGUUUUAUUUUACUUCUCCAUACACUGGUUGAAUAUUGCUAUACUACUGUAACUUAAAAAAAAAAAGUGUAAUAAUUCUGUAUGAAUGUUGCCUGUUUCGUGAGGGUCUGAGUGUCAGUUGUGUAUGAGUGAAGUCAUUGGUCUCCCUUGAAGCUCAUUGAAAAGCCUUAAGUCUUUGCUUUCCCUGGAUCUCUUAUAAUGAACACGGUUUGAAAAUGGAAAGCCAGCAUUGUUUUCAGCACAAAGCUGGUGUUGGUUAACAAUUAUGCUCACGUGGUUCUCUUAAGCAACAGGAAAUUCAGAUAAAAUAUUUUGUCGAAUUGUAUUUCAUUCUGUGUAGUGCAGGGCUGUAACCACUUCAAACACCACCGUCUUUCCCCGGUCCUCAAUCACCAAGGCUUCAAAGCUUUACUGACAGUGACUAGGUGUGUGAUAAAUGUAUUUGUGAUUGGAAUCACUACAAUAAGCAUGGUAAGGAUAAUGCUGGAUAAACAUUUAUUGAAUGUGGUGCCUAUUUUAAGGAACAUCUGAUGAAUCUUGUAGGUAGCGGCUGCUCAGCAACUGUACAACAUAAUCCUGUUGAUCUUCUCAGCUCUCUGUUGCUCCUCCUCGCCCUUCUCUGACCCCCAUUAGUAACCCAACCUCUUUCUCCUCUUCCCCACCCCAGUGAGAGUAAAUAACAAAAUUACCCUUAUUCCAAUCUGAAGCCAAUUAUAUUUAAAAAGAAUUGACAUUGAAGCCCCCCCAUUCUUCUUGCUAUGCUUAACCGGAAUUGCUAAGAGGCUUUAUGUUCUUGUGUUCGUAUUUAAAACUGAAGCAGCCAGGGCUUUUUGUUUCAGGACUGCCAAUUUUAUCUUUUACUCAAAAUACUUCAAUUGGAUAGAUUGCAAUAAUUGUGACUACAUUUGUUGGGUUCAAAUAGUAAUUUUGGCAGUAUAUCCCUUUUCACAGCCCAAUUAAUGUAAAAACUGCUUUAACAGUUUCCUCUUUUAAGCUGGGGGACUUUUUUUUAAAGACUUUCCAAUGAUUUGAAAGUCUUAAAAUCAUAAAUUUCAAUAAAAUAUAAUGUUAAAGCUUUCCUUAUAUUUCACUACUCAAGCACAAUUACUGGUUCCGCCUUCCCUUUUUUGACUGUGUGUAUUGAGCUAUGUACUAGGUGAGGUACUGGUGCGUACCAGUUUUGCUAAUGUUGGUAGCAUUAGGCUGGCAAGUUGAGUAUAGUUUUUUGGCAGAUUCUCUUUCCUGAGUUAUUAGCAGGGUUGAACACUGAAGACCUUGUGUCUAUUAAAAUAAUUUUGUGACUAGAAAACUUGACAAAUUACUGUAAUACUCACUGGGGAGGCCUUAAAGGGAGUGCCUCUUUGCAUCCCAAGCAAGCGUUGGAUUUCACAGCUGGCACCUUACUUUCAUUGUAAUACCCAAUUGAGUAGCAAAGAUAGCUGUAGUAAUGACUACUGUGGUUAAAUGUAUGGCUGUGCUGUGGAAAUCAAAUUUAUUCCAGGUUUAGAUGUUUUUAUUGUCACAGCAGUUCCCAUGACCUACUAAAGCAAUGUAACUACAGUUAGAUUACAUUUUUAGAAUUAUUUUUGAAUAGAAACAUUCAGAAAUUGAUUAAAAAUUAGUCUGGUCCAAACCUUAACCUGUGGUGUUAACUGAAUCCAGUGGGGAGAUACUGUGAGGAUCUGCUCUGGGAAUCACUGACUCAUGCUUUGUGUUUCCAAGAUGCCAUAUUCCAUUACAACUUUGCCCCAAGGUUUAAAUUUUCUCUGUAUGAUUUUGAAUCUCUGCAACAAUUCCUUGCAGUGUUGCCAUCAGGAUUUUUAAAGCCAUUGACAAUGGAAGCAAGAAAUCUUCGACUUAGUAUUUCUUUGCGAGUCUGGGGACGGUGUACAAUGCGUUUCCAAAGAUGGAAGUAAAUGUACUCCAUGAAUAAUGAAAAUAAAUGUUAAGUACUCUCCACUGUCAGGGUGAGUUUGGUGGACAUUUGAAACUAAUGCUGUUUGUUCAUUGGUCUAAUGCAGGCAAGAUCAGCGAUGUGGACAUUUGAAGUGCUUCAAUAUUUUAUCUGUUCAUGUGUUCACAUCUGUCUGCAGUCUCUGGCUUUCAGUACCUGGUGGCAACAAUGCUGAGGGCCCCAUGGUUUUUUUCACACAGAGAGUGGUGAGUCUCUGGAACUCUCUGCCGCAGAGGGUAGUCGAGGCCAGUUCAUUGGCUAUAUUUAAGGGGGAGUUAGAUGUGGCCCUUGCGGCUAAGGGGAUCAGAGGGUAUGGAGAGAAGGCAGGUACGGGAUACUGAGUUGGAUGAUCAGCCAUGAUCAUAUUGAAUGGCGGUGCAGGCUCAAAGGGCCGAAUGUCCUACUCCUGCACCUAAUUUCUAUGUUUCUAUGGUUGUUCUGAUGUUUGAGAAGCUUUGAAGUAUGUGUUUCUUUUUACCAACUUUGUGCUAAUUCCAAAUGAACACCAGUAUUUCUUUACUCUGUUGUCAAUGUGGAAUGGUACCUCCAAAGGGUUUAGUAUCAUGUAUUAUCUGCAAUUUCCCACAUGGAGUAGACUGCUGCCGUGUUCCUUAAACAAAAAACUGAAGAUAAAUAUAAGCUGCUUUUUAUAUGUGCUACGGGUAAACUUGAGCCUUCUGCCAGUAGAAGUGCAGUUGAUAAAACACUGUAGUCUGAAGCACAGCUAGAUUAAGGAUGAGAGCUAAUGUUUGGGGUAGGAACUGUAAAGUUUGCACAGGUGGAAGCAUUUUUAUGUAGUCUGAAAUUAAUCAACUACAGACUUUGGGUGGCAGUGAUGCAACUGGUAGAGCUGCUGCUUCACCGUGUCAGAGACCCAGGUUCGACCCUGACCUUGGGUGCUGCCUGUGUGGAGUUUGCACGUCCUCCGGUUCCUCCCGAUGCUCCAGUUACUUCCACAUCCCGGAGACGUGCCAGCUGGGAGUACAGUGGAUGUAGAGGAAGCAGCUCUCAUUAGGCGAGUCUGUUUCUUGAUUUUGCUUUCUCUCUUUCUUCCCCCAUCCGUUUGCAUCACUUUGACCUUCCCCAACGACAUUAAUUUGCAAUUCUCCUCCAUGUGUUGGGCAAAGUUGCCAGUUUGUUCCAAGGUCAAAUUGCCCAUUGAGCUGGGGUGUUUGUGAAACAAGACCAAGCUCUGAACAAAAAAAUGCUGGAGUAAUUUAGCGGGUCAGGCAGCAUCUGUGGAAGCAAUGAAUAGGCAAUGUGGUCUGAAUCUGGGUCCCGACCAGAAAUGUCUUCUGUCCACCUCUUCCACAGAUGCAGCCUGAUCUGCUUAGUUACUCCAAAACUGUACUUUACUCAAGGUUCCAGCAUCUGCAGUUCUUUGUGUCUCCAAAACUCUUAACAUUAGUGCUGGGGCUGGACUCUGUGUUAGCAGCAUGUUGAAUACCCUUAUCUUGCUUUAUUGUUAGGAGGUGAGUAAACCUAAACUAAGAGAGAUCAAAGAUGUUUUUAAAGGCCAGAAUAAAGCAAUUAGAAAACGUUCCCUUCUCACAGCCAUGCCAUGUCCUUGUCAGUUUGGAGUGACUACCUGUUUGGUAUUGAUGUAUGAAAUAUUAUAAUUUAUGAUUGUGUUUAUUGAUUCAGGAGGGUAUAAAACCUUUUACUUCCAUGCAGGGUUUUACUAUGAUUUAGAGGUGACUGAAGCUGAGCAGUCCUUGCUCUUGGAGGAUGUAUCCAGUGCAGUAUGAAAACUGUGUAUACUGUUGUAGGUCUACGUUUUGAUGAAGAAUAAAAAAAAAAUUUGCACAUCUGAACUGUGAAUUUUGAUACAGAAAUAUUCAUAUUUAAUAUUCAUUAAAAUUACUGAGCUGGAACAGAUACAAGGAUGAACAGUGACUGGACUGACUGCGGUGGCAUGAAGCUGGAGCCCAUCAGAGGGGAUGCAGUUUGGAGAGUCUACAUUUUAAGUUAUUGUUGCACAAUCUUAUCAACAAAUACUUUUUUUUUUCCAUGGUUCCUUUCAUGCCUCUCUCAGAGCAAUCUAAAAACUGAAGCUUAACUGAAGUAACCCAGGUUCAGGUGGAAAAUUGGAGGGGAAAACGGCCAGAGAUCGAUCAGUUGUGGAAUAUUGUACUGAGCUUCAAAGAGGAAACGUCACGGUAGGGUGUAAUGUCAAGGAACAAAUCGUGGGAGAUUAUCAGUAAGAUAGGAGAUAAUUGUGAUUCCAGUCUUAGUCAACUUAGACUGGAACAAAUUAUCAGAGCAGUAAUGGUAACUUUUGAGUUUGCCAUAUUUUGGGGAUAGUUUUCUUAAAGAACACAAUAUUUUCAAACCAACCAGAAAACAGCUGUGGAUGACUAAGUUAGAAUGAUUGCAUUGAUUUUACAGUGUUUGAUAGGUCUUAAACUCUAAAAAAAAAACCUUUAGUUGUUUAAGAAGGAGGGGGGGGGGGGGGGUGCAGUGGUGUUGCUGCCUUACAGCACCAGAGACUUCAGUUCGAUCCCGACUAUGGGUGCUGUCUGUACAGAGUUUGUACAUUCUCCCCGUCACUGUGGGUUUGCUCCGAGAUCUUCGGUUUCCUCCCAUACUAGUCAAGUCAAGUUUAUUCGUCACAUACACAUACGAGAUGUGCAGUGAAAUGAAAAAUGGCAAUGCUCGCGGACUUUGUGCAAAAAGACAAACAAACAAACAAACUAUAAACACACCCAUAAACACACACAUAUUCUUUUACAUAUUAAAUAUUGGAAGGAAAAAUGUUCAGUAAAAUGUUAGUCCCUGGUGAGAUUUACAGUCCGAAUGGCCUCUGGGAAGAAACUCCUUCUCAACCUCUCUGUUCUCACAGCAUGGCAACGGAGGCGUUUGCCUGACCGUAGCAGCUGGAACAGUCCGUUGCAUGGGUGGAAGGGGUCUCCCAUGAUUUUAUUGGCUCUGGAGUUGCACCUCCUGAUGUAUAGUUCCUGCAAGGGGGCAAGUGAAGUUCCCAUAGUGUGUUCGGCCGAACGCACUACUCUCUGCAGAGCCUUCUUGUCCUUGGCAGAGCAAUUCCCAAACCAGAUGGUAAUAUUACUGGACAAGAUGCUUUUCACAGCCGCUGCGUAGAAGCACUGGAGAAUCCUCGGAGACACUCUGAAUUUCCUCAAUUGCCUGAGGUGGUAAAGGCGCUGCCUUGCCUUACUCACGAGUGCUGCGGCGUGUGAUGUCCAUGUCAUAUCCUCAGAGAUGUGGACUCCCAGAUAUUUAAAACAGCUCACCCUAUCCACAGGAUCCCCAUUUAUCCUCAAUGGUGUGUACGUCCUCGGAUGAUGUGCCCUCCUAAAGUCCACGAUCAGCUCCUUCAUUUUUUUUGAUGUUCAAGAGGAGGCUGUUAUCCUGGCACCAGAGUGCUAGAUACAGAGUGCUACAAAGAUGUGCGGGGUUGUAGGUUAAUUUAUUUGGUACAAGUGUAAAUUGUCCCCACUGUGUGUUGGAUAGUAUUAAUGUGUGGGGAUCGCUUGUCGGUGUGGGCUGAAGGGCCUGUUUCCACACUACAUCUCUAAAAUGAAACUAAACUAUAAUUUACUAAAAAAUAUUAGCAAUUUGGUUCCGUUAUUAAUUAGGGUGGAGGUAACUUUGUGUCCACCUUGAUAAUGCAAGGUAACAUUAUUUAGAGGGACGAGGGCUGCUAACCCCUUGCCCCUGUGGCAGCUUAAAAAAAAAAAAGAGUCCAGCAAUCACUCCCACUCACUGCUAUUCUUCCAGAGCCUGAAAGAUAUUUCCAGUCACCUUUUUGAAGUUAGAAUUGAAUGAGUUUUCAAUUGUGCCACAGCCACAAUCUGCA